CGGAGCCAUUUUGGCCACAACUAUCCCACUUUGCCCAUCAAACAACACCCAGUCGUGCAAUUCUUUUUCUGAAUUGCAGCUGUUCAACACAACAUGGCUGCAACACAGAACAACCGCCAAUAUGAGCUCAUCCUGCUCGGCGCUACCGGAUACACUGGAAAAUUGGUUGCAGAGUGGAUCAGCAUCUACCUGCCUGAGGACCUCAAGUGGGCAAUUGCUGGACGCAACGCAAAGAAGCUUCAAGGUGUCAUUGAUGAGCUGAAGAAGGUCAAUGCAAAUCGCAAGCUGCCAGACGUCGAGACCUGCGAAUUGAAGCCAGAUCAGCUCGACACUCUUGUCAAGAAGACAAAACUCCUUAUCACCACUGUCGGCCCAUUCAUGCACUAUGGCGAGCCUGUGCUCGCAGCCUGCGCUGCCAAUGGCACCCACUACCUGGACUCUACCGGCGAGGUGCCUUGGAUUUACGACAUGAUCGCAAAGUAUGAUACAGUUGCAAAGGCCAACAAGAGCAUCAUCAUCCCAGAAGCAGGCCUCGAUUCCGUACCUGCCGAUAUCAUGGCAUACGUCCUCUCCCGUACCAUCCGCAAGAGGUUCCAAGCAGACUGCGAACGCGUCAUCAUGACUCUCUACGACUUCAAAUCAGGCGUUAGCGGUGGCACCAGUCUCACCAUGCUGGAGCUGUUCAGCAACUAUUCCCUCGGUCACCUAGCCAAAUCCAUGCACCCGUACUCUCUCAGCCCAAAGAAGUUCGACAAACAAUUGGAUAAGCCUGCCGACAGUCCUAGCGGAGGUCUGCUCGGUCUGCCCAACAUUGCCGAGCUCGGAGGUCUGCAGACAAAAUAUAUCAUGUCCGACGUCGAUACCUGUAUCGUACACCGCUCCGCUGGUUUGUACGGAUACGGAUCGCGCUUCCGCUUCGACGAGUAUAUGCGCGCCAAGUCUCUUGUUCAAGGUCUUAUUGUCAAGGUUGCCUUCGCUCUCGUCGGACUGUUCCUUGCGUUGCCACCUACGCGGAUGAUUCUUGCACCUCUAUUCAAGAAGUACCUGAUUACUCCCCCUGGUGAGGGCCCUUCGAGGGAGAGUAUGAAGAACGACUUCAUGUCUUACCGUGCUGUAGGUGUUGCCGAGGGCAGUGGCCAGAAGGUCACGGGGAAGCUGGACUGUGGUCACGGUGGAUACGCAGCUACGGCGAUCACGCUGGCUGCCGCUGCGCAUGUCAUCCUAAGGGGUAAACUUGACGAGACAGAAGCGAGCAGACUGGGAGGCGGUAUUCUGACGCCUGCUACCCUGGGCGAGCAGUUUGUGGACACGCUUAACGAAUUCGGCAUGAAGAUCAACGUGGAUGAAUAAGAGGUGGACGAAGCGGAUGAAGUGAAUGAAGAAAAGGUGGACCUC